GCAGAGUAUUCUCUCCUCACCACCAUGUCCUACGAUCGCUACGUUGCCAUCUGCAGACCCCUGCACUAUGAGACCCUCCUGGGCAGCAGAGUUUGUCUCCACCUGGCAGCAGCUGUCUGGGCCUGUGGCUUUCUCUAUGCUCUGCUGCACACAGCCAAUACAUUUUCCCUGCCCCUCUGCCAGGGCAAUGCUCUGGACCAGUUCUUCUGUGAAGUCCCCCAGAUCCUUAAGCUCUCCUGCUCCACAUCCUACCUCAGGGAACUUUGGCUUAUUGUGGCCAGUGUCUGUUUAUUCUUUGUCUGUUUUGUGUUCAUUGUGGUGUCCUAUGUGCAGAUCUUCAGGGCAGUGCUGAGGAUCCCCUCUCAGCAGGGACGCCACAAAGCCUUUGCCACCUGCCUCCCUCACCUGGCUGUGGUCUCCCUGUUUCUCAGCACUGUAAUCUUUGCCUACCUGAAGCCCACUUCUAUCUCGUCCCCAUCCCUGGAUCUGGUGCUUGCAGUUCUCUACUCAGUGGUUCCUCCAGCAGUCAACCCUCUCAUCUACAGCCUGAGGAACCAAGAGCUGAAGGAUGCCCUGAGGAAAAUGAUCACUAGAUGCUUUCAGGAGGAAUAA